CUCGCAUCUGUCACACUCCUUCUCACGACUGUAGCAGCAACCCCUUUGCAGAGAUUGCUCUCAGCUCCCCUCUGUCCGGCAGCAACGAGUUUUCUCCCGCUGCCUUUGUCCAUGAUGUCAGACGCGGCACCUUCCGGUGGCCUCGCAGCCUAUACCGAGUCCGCCCUGCGCUCCGCCUCCUCCUCUUCCAAAGACAAGGGCAAAGGCAAAGGUCGAGGCAAGGACCGCAAUGGCCGCUCCUCUGAUCGUAGACCCAGCUCAAAGAGUACAUACAAGAAGGGCGCCAAGUCCAAGCUCGAGUUCGAUGAAAAGGCGAGACAGGAGUACUUGACUGGCUUCCACAAGAGGAAGUUGCAGAGGAUUGAGAUUGCUCAGAAGAAGAGGGAGGAGGAGGCCAAGGAAGAGAGAAAGAGGAAUAGGAGAGAGACGCAAGAAGCCCGCAAAGAAAGGGCGGCAGAGAAUGUAGCUGCCGAGCGGAGAGCAUAUGGAGGUGACGAGGGCGAGGAUGAGGACGAGGAAGACGGAGAAGAGGAUGGCGAAGAGGGCAAAAACGAAGGCGGGGAUGCUGGUGAUGUACCGGUCUCGUACGAGACACCGGAGCAUCAAACGACAGUAGUCAUCUCCGAGUGGGAUCCAAAUGCGCCGGAAGACGAGCAGCCCGCCAGCCUACCAAGUGCAUCGAAGAAGCCCAGCAGAGCUGGACGCAACCCAAAGCCGCGAGUAUCCGACUUCCUCACAGAAGCCCUCCCACCGAGUUCAAAGAGGAUGGAGAAGAAGAUCAAGUCCUCCUCUUCGAAGAGCAGUAGCGCUCUUGCAGGGCCCUCUUCAUCAGUAGCGGGCGGAAGCUCCAAGCAACGCUCCACAGGUCUCGCAGCACGCAAAUCGAAACUCACCCCUCCCUCAGCCUCUGCCAUCUCCUCUCUCCUCACCGAGCCUCUCGCCUCGCACGAUUCCCGUUCCCAACCUGAGCUCGCUGCCUCGACCCCGAGCACUACACUCUCCAGAGAAGAACGGGACCAGGGCCUUACCCACCUCUCCUCUGCCGCGGAGCGUCAGGCGGUCAAGGAUGCAAUCAAGGCUUCGAAACCUUUCCGAUACGAAGGCAAGAUGGAGAGGGCAAAGAAACGAGUGGAGCUAAAGGCGAGGAAUGAAAAAUUCAAGGCGGAGAGGAUCGAGAAGCUCAAGAGGGGCGGAGGACGUGGUGGUUCAAAGGGAGGGAAGAGGGGGAAGCCCAAGGGAAAGAAGUGAGAUGGCCAACAGGAGACAAUUGUGAGGCGGCAUGAGACGAUGUACUUGUACAAUAAGAUGAGAUGACUUGAUUGCAUAUACAAUGGAAGCACGACUGCCUCGUCAGGCAUCUUGCCAAUCCAAAGUCCCCAGCAGAGCAGUCUUGCUCGGUAGCCUGCCCAUUCCAGGACUGAGAAUCGUGACUCGCUUCCUAGCAGUGUCAAUGGCUCCAACAUGGAUCCAGCCGCGUACAGUGCCCCUAGCAACCUCCUUUUCACCCACUUCAUCAUCUCCAACUUCAUUCUUCCACACCUCUGAGUCCUUUUGACCCUUGCCGCCGCCGCCGCCCGGUGGCUCGAUCAAAGCGAGGACAGAGUUCAGAAGCAAGGACUGAUCUGCUUGCGAGUUGACCGGGUCCAGCUUGUGAAGUGUCGAGGCGGAGAGAGCUCGUGAGGAGCCA